AUGUUUAAUACUUUUGGGAUACUCGACCGUUCUUGCGUUUGUGGUGGGUCAUUAGUAAUACCAACUAAUACGCAAAAUAAUACUUCUACCGUUUUGAUAGUAACCGACAAAAGAUUAGCGAAUUGUCAGUGUAAUCAACAAUAUUAUACAAAUCUUACAAAUUGUUUAGCUUGUUAUAGUGCUAAUAAUAUUGGGAACGUUUCUGUCGCUAAGUUGAAUGAUUAUCAGUCAGCAUGUACUAAAUUGGGUGUACUGUUUACUGCUGUUAGUCCAGUUUUACAACCAGAUACAACUGCUGCUGCAGCAAAAAGAAUUCUAAUUGGGGUGAUUGUAGGUUUGGUCGGUAUAAUGUUGUUAGGUAUAGGUCUUUGGCUAUUUUGGCGUAAAAGCUCAAGUCAUCCAAAAUUGGAUAGCCCUCCUCCUCCUGAUCUGGAUCAUGAUCAAUAUAACCCUCCUCCACCUAUAUCUACGACUGAAGCAAACACAGAAGUGAUUCAGCCUAAUUUACCAUACAGUAGUGGCCAACCUGGACAAUACUUUGGUAGUGGUAUACCACCUUCUCCUCCCCCUGACCGAUACAACCAAUAUUAUACUAGUCGUCCAUCUCCUCCACCAGGACAACAAGCUUCAUAUGGAGGCGUUCCUCCAAGACCUUCAUCUCCAUCACAAAGUCAACAUCCGUCAUAUUACAGUGUUAGUAGUUCUCAGCCAAUUUUACGUCCAUCUUCAGGUGAUAGUAUGACGGGUAAUUACUCACAGCAACAACAUUAUUCUGGACAAUUUGGUGGAAUACCUGAACAGGAACAAACCGAUAGUAUGCCAAUGCCUGUACCAGUUCCAACACCUGGCGAUUAUCAACAACAUGGUUAUCCGGUUGAAUACCAACAAGGCCUUCCUCAAGGUUACCAACAAGGUUAUCCUCCACAAGGGUAUCACCCGCAGGGUCAUCCACCACAAGGUUAUCCACCGCAAGGUUAUCCACCGCAAGGUUAUCCACCACAAGGUCAUCCACCUUCACAAGGUGAUUCACAAGGUUACCCACCUUCACAAAAUUAUCCACAAGGCCAGAAUCCUUACGGUCAUCAAUAA